AUGCAGCAGCUGAUCGAGAACCUUGCCGUCGACCUUCGCAAGAACUUCGGGGAGAUGCACCGUCAACUCGUCAACCUCGACAGUGCGGUACCAAUAAGCGGCUGCGGCAGCAUAACCGGCACCAGGCUCUGUAUGCAUAUCCUGAAUUUCGGUGCUGCAUACACUAUCUACACGGCCCCUGCCACACUAGAUAAACACAGACAAACACGCAAGCAGCAGGCCAUGUCAUCACCAGCAGCAAGGAGCAUCACCUGCUACUCCAAAAUUCCAGAGUUCUUGGUGGGCAAUAUCGGGCAGCCAAUGCCAGCAGUGGGGCUUGGCACAGCGUCACACCCAUUUGUGGCGGAGGACGUCAGGACCGCUGUGCCCACUGCGCUGGAGCUUGGCUACCGCCACAUCGACGCUGCGGCACUCUAG